AUGCCCCAAAAAUGGUUCUUUAUAGUUGCACCAUCAAUGAUCCCAAUUAGUCCAAGAAAGUUUCAUAUCCGUAUCAAUGGAGGGUUGCUCUUAUUACUUGGCAAUGGUACUGGUUCAGCUCAUAUAUGGUGGAUCAAACAUCCUCAUAAAAUUCUCCCUUGCAGAAGGACUCAAUCCAAUUGUCUUCGUCGUUUACCGCGGCAUGUUAUGGCCAUGGUUUUGGUAGGACCAUUUGCUUAUGUACUUGAAAGGAAACAAAGGCCUUCACUCUCAUUUUCUGUAGCUGCCAAAAUUUUUGUGCUUGCCUUGUUUGGAACCACCAUCUAUCUGAAUGUGUACUAUGCUGGUUUAGCAUACACUUCUCCAACAGUUGCAUGUGCCUUGAGUAAUGUUAUUCCCAGCUUGACAUUUCUAAUGGCAGUUCUACUUGGGUUGGAGAAGUUGAAGAUUAGAACUGCUAGAGGUCAAGCUAAGGUGGCUGGCACACUUUUCUGCAUUGGUGGAAAACUGGAUCAAGGGGCUUUUCUUAUUCUGACGAGUCACAUUGCAUGGAGUGCAUGGCUAAUCGUCCAGGCUGUGGUCUCCAAAGUCUACACUGCUCGAUUAUCGCUAACCACGAUGAUAUGCUUUUUCGCGUCGUUGCAAUCUUCUUUUCUUGAUCUGUUUUUUGCAAGAAAUCCAAUUUCAUGGAGACUGGAGUGGAACCUGCAACUUUCAACCAUCGCCUACUGCGGAGUUGCAAUCUCAGCAUUAGCCUACUACCUGCAAACAUGGUGCAUCAGUUACAAGGGACCAGUCUUUGCAGCUAUGUUUAUUCCACUUCAAGUCAUUAUAGUGGCAUUGUUCUCGGCAAUUUCUUUCGCAGAACGACUUCACUUUGGCAGUGGUGAUGUGCAGCUUGAUCGGAGCGUUUCUCAUUAUUGUGGGCCUUUACUGUGUGCUGUGGGGAAAGAAGGAAAGACACUCUUGUUGCUGAACAGACAGAUUAAAGUGCUGGAGAAUGAUAUUUCAGUCAUAAAUCCAGUCACUAGAGAAAGGACAUGA